AUGAACUGGAUCAAAGAAAACGUCGAGCCUUACCUCCCCGGAACCAAAAUCGUGGGAAUCGCCGUCGGAAACGAAAUCCUUGGCGGCACGGACAUCGAGAUCUGGGAAGCCUUACUCCCUUCCGUCAAAAACGUCUACGCCGCCCUCCAACGCCUCAAUCUCCACAAGAAGAUCGAGCUCUCAAGCCCUAAUUCCGAAGCCGUCUUCGCCAAUUCGUUUCCUCCUUCCGCCUGCAUAUUCCCACCCGACAUCGCGGUGUACAUGGUUCCAUUGCUCCAAUUCUUCUCCCAAAUUGGAUCCCCAUUCUACAUCAACGCGUACCCAUACUUAGCCUACAAGAGCGAUCCAGAGCACAUCGACCUCAAUUACGCAAUUUUCCAGCCCAAUUCGGGGAUCUUCGACGCGAAGACGAAUCUCCACUACGACAAUAUGUUCGACGCCCAGGUGGAUGCGGCCUACGCCGCGCUGGAGAAGGCAGGGUUCGAGAAGAUGAAGGUGAUUGUUUCGGAAACAGGAAAAGAAGCGUACAAAAAAUUUGGUUGCUCCUCCUACUUCUGUCGAUCCGGAUGGGACGAUGAUCCUGCAGGCGUCGAAUUGGCAGGUUCUCGCUCCAGUUACCCGACGACCACGUUUUGGGUCAUUGAAGAACGAAGCUUGAAUAGGAGGGGAGGGAGCUUGUUCAUUUUCAUCGGCAGGGGACGGCGUCGAGAACUAAAAUAA